AUGACAGCCACCGUCGCCGGAAAACCAGCUGAAGGUACUCUCCAGCAACACAGAUGGCAAGAAACCAGAGGUGUAGAUGAAGAGAAUUUGAUCUGUAAUCUUCCGAAGGACCUUAGAAGGGACAUAAAGCGCCAUCUCUGCUUGGCUCUACUAAUGAGGGUGCCAAUGUUUGAGAAAAUGGAUGACCAAUUGUUGGAUGCAAUGUGUGACCGUCUCAAGCCAGUACUGUAUACUGAAGACAGCUACAUUGUUCGGGAGGGAGACCCAGUGGAUGAAAUGCUCUUCAUAAUGCGAGGCAAGCUAUUGACUAUGACCACAAAUGGUGGAAGGACUGGGUUCUUCAAUUCUGAAUAUCUCAAGGCCGGUGAUUUCUGUGGUGAAGAGCUUCUCACAUGGGCUCUUGAUCCUCACACCUCUCCUAAUCUUCCCAUCUCAACUAGAACUGUCCAAGCCCUUAGUGAAGUCGAAGCCUUUGCUUUGAAAGCAGACGAUCUGAAGUUUGUAGCCUCCCAAUUUCGACGGCUUCACAGCAAGCAGCUCCGCCACACAUUCAGGUUUUACUCUCAACAGUGGAGGACUUGGGCGGCUUGCUUUAUUCAGGCAGCAUGGCGUCGUUAUAGUAAGAAGAAGCUUGAAGAGUCUCUGCGGGAAGAGGAGAAUAGGUUGCAAGAUGCACUUGCGAAGGCAGAGACAAGCUCCCCUAGUCUUGGUGCCACCAUUUAUGCCUCGCGAUUCGCUGCUAAUGUACUUCGCGCUGUACGGCUGCGGCGCAGUGGUACACGCAAGGGAAGGGUGCCAGAGAGAAUACCGCCCAUGCUACUUCAGAAGCCAGCAGAGCCGGAUUUUACUGCUGAAGAACAAUAG